GUAGCUCAAACCCGGCAGGGGAAGUUUUUCGAAACAAAUGUUUCUGUUCACGAUCAUUGAUGUGGUCAGAUAGCGAAACAAGUAUUUUUCAUUGGAAUAGACACGUAUUGUCGUAUUACACCAGAACACAUUUGAGACAAGCAAGAUUUCGCGUAAAUGUGGAACCACCUGUUGACAUUGUGGAUAUGUGUGGCAUUGAGUAUUCGGGGCAAAAGCAUGUGCUAUUUGCAACAGAGGAGGGCAGCAUAUACAGAAUACAAAUGCAAGAAAAUUUGUUAAAAAGCUCUGCAAGUAAAGGGUCUCAAAGCCUUGAGUCUUCAACUUCAAAUGGUGACAUAUUCAAGGAAUUAUUGGUAGAAGAAACAGAUGAGGACUUAGUCCUACCCUCAUCCUCGUCAGUAGUUACAGUGGCCCAAGACUGUAGAGUUCACCAAAUAGAAGGUGUGGCAUGCAUAAGGGCUGUAAAUAAUAUUGUUAUUAUUAUAACACACAGGUUUUGGAGCUACCACAUACAUUUCUUUUUGCAACAAGACCUUAUGAAACCAGAGAAGGUCUUGGUGGCAGUUACUCCAAUAUUUGUAGAGUCGUUACGUGCCAUCCCAACAGGACAGAACCAUUUGAGUGAUAAAGUGAACUGCUAUGUUAUCUAUCCAGAGUCAUCACAGUCAGUCCUAACAGAAGCUGGUGUAACAGUGUCUUCAGCAUUAUAUAGCCAGUUGUUUGGAAUGGACCUUAAUAUGUGCAAUGCCCCUGUGGUUCUUCUCUGCCUUCCAAGUGGACAUGUGUAUGCUGUACCGACAAAGGGUCAGUCAGGCCAUGAUUAUAAGAUCACAAAGCAUUGCUGGCUAUUGUAUGAUCUUGGUGAAGCAGUCACCUCAGUAUGUUUUGUGGAAAGAGACAAGGGGUCGGAAGAAGAUGGAAGAGAAUCUGCUUUGCUUUUAAUAGGUUGUUGUGGCAAAGUAGUGUCUGUCCAACCAGGAGAAAAUGGUAUGCCAACCUUCACAGAGCAUGUUAUUCCAGGACCAGUUGUAUGUUGCUGUGUUCAUAAAGGCAACCUAAUCUUUUCCACUUACAAGGACACAUUUAUGGUGUCGGUUAAAGACAUUUGUGUGAGCAGUUGUAAAAGGCUCCCUUAUUGGGGAAUAACUGGACUUGCAUGUAUAAACUCUCAAGGUGAGGAAACCUCAGUGGUCGGAGUCAGACUUAAAGGACAGCUGUUACCCAUCUCUUUGUGUACCCAGACAAGGCAUAAGAUACAACCUGAAAAUCGACAAUCUGUUAGAGAACUUCUUCCUAGGAUUGACUCCAUGUAUGAAAAAUCCAAAGAGUGGCAGGUGCUCCAGAGGGAACAAACAAGUAUAUUAUCACAGCUUAACCUAGCUGCCCAUAUUGUCACUGGACUCUCAUCAGUAUUAACUUGCGAUAUAAGAGCAAAGAAUUGUGACAGUGGCUUAUUUGUUCAGCACAAAGUAGAAUGUACAUUGAGAAAUCAAAGUAAUUUAGUUAUGCAUAGGGGCUGGAGUUUCAUUGUGAUGGUCAAGAGUGAAAAUCAACGGUCAGAUGUCCCAUUGGAUACAAAAGCAGUAUCACUGAAUGAAUUUGUAAAAUGUGGAUUUGUGACAUUGACUUUGAAAUUUUGUGAUCAAUUUCUGAAUUGGUUACCAUUAACUGUCAGUCCUUGCUUAAUCUAUGAAGUGCCAAAUGUAGAGGUAUUGUCAAAACAAGUGAAUCUCAAAAAAUCUGUCUCGAACUUAAAAGAGAAAACAAUUACAGUGCCUUUACCAGAGGUGUCACUUGAUAUAGUACAUUUCAUGCAGAAUUGCAGUUUACUGCCAAGUUUUAAGUCUCGACUGCAUGGAAGGGAUUGUGAAUGGCAUCAUAUUUUGAAAUGUAUGGCUGGAAACCGUCCAUUCUCACAUGACUGUGCUACUCAUGUGGGCAGUUAUUUUAGCCAAAACCAUUCAAACACAUUGACUGUGCCAAGAAGUGAAUUAAAUCAAUUGCUGGAUGGAAAUGAGAGUCCAAUAACAAAAGGUUCAGAAUGCAUGCAAUUACUUUGGCACCUACUAAGGGACAGCAAUAUAGAUCUGAAAACAAUUGAUCAACCUCAGGUGGGGUUUGUAACUCCCGACUGUCACACUGGAACCCUCACAGUACAGGAGACUGAAGAGUCGGGGACAGAAAGAUAUCAAGUGACCAUACAGACAACUGAUUUACCCACUCUGUGCAAGAUGAGAGCAGCUCUCCUUGUCAGAUUGCAGAACAAAGGUCCCAUCAUUGGCCAAGCAGGUGUACCAACAGCAGAGUUGAGAAAAAUUUUGUUUAAGAUCCAGGAUAUCAAAGAUAAACUGUUAUCGCUGAUGGAUGUUAUGUCAGAGGCAAAAAGGUGGGAGCAGGCAGAAGAACAGAUCAUAUCAGUUUAUAAAAGAAUACGGGAUCUCAACCUGCCCUCAUAACCAAUACUGCAGUCUUUACAAGGACUAGAGAUUCUUUUAAAACAAUAAAUUACACUGCCAAUUUUUUUUUCUUUUAAUCUUUUUAUUGUUAGAUAUUUUAAGACAAAUAUGUCUGUGAUUGUUUUGACCAAAUUUUGCAAAAGAAUGCUACAACCAUGUUACACUUGGAUGUAAAGGUUAUCACAUUAUUGACUAUACUGUCUGAUGUGAGAAGGGAGAAAAAUGCAUUUAUAAAACAUUAAUUUGCAUGAAAUAAACCAACAUUCGC